CAAACAAUCUGUUUCAUGGAAGAUGGAGCCUACCAUAAAACAUUUUCUGAGAAAUUGUCCCUUGCCAUUGGCGUUUUCUUCAGCCUUCUUCCAAUUAGAACUUCUGCAACUGUAUCUGAAGUUUCCCCGAUCCAGUGAUUCCAAUUUCCACACACAUUCCUACCAAGGCUCUUAAAAAGACCAUAUUCAUACUCUUAACAAUACCAUCAAAAUCAAAGUCAACUCUUGAAUCAGCAAUGAUCACUGAUGUACCUUCUUCUUCCUCCUCUUCCUCUCCUUCCGUCAAGACCCGUAGAUGGAUCAACCAUGUAUUCAUCAGUUUCAGGGGUGAAGACACCAGAAAAGGCUUCACAGAUCACCUUUAUGCUGCACUGGAAAGAAGGGGUUGUAUCAAAACUUUCAAGGAUGAUCAUGACCUUGAGAGUGGGGAAAUCAUAUCUAAAGGGCUCAUCAAGGGAAUUCAAGAGUCCAUGUUUGCGCUUGUUGUCCUCUCACCAAACUAUGCUUCCUCAAGAUGGUGCUUGGAUGAGCUGCAAAACAUCGUUGAGUGCAGGGAAAAGUUCAACCAAGUGGUUUUUCCUAUCUUCUAUGGUGUAGAACCCUCUGAUGUAAGGUAUCAGAGAGGAACCUUUGAAGAAGCUUUCAGAAAACAUGAAGAGAGGUUCAAAGAAGAGAAGGGGAAAGUCCAAAGAUGGAGAGAUGCAUUGCAAAAAGUUGCAAGUUAUUCCGGUUGGGACUCCAAAGAUAAUCAUGAGGCAGCAUUGAUUGAAAGAAUUGUUGAUCACAUACAAAAAUUACUGAUUCCUAAGUUGCCAUCAUCAGUAGGAAACCUCGUUGGUGUUGAAUCAAGGAUGAAAAAGUUGAAUUCACUCAUUGGUAUGCAGUUGGAUGAUGUUCGCUUUAUAGGUAUAUGGGGCAUGGGAGGCAUAGGAAAAACAACAACUGCCAGAUUAAUAUAUGAAUCAAUCGAAGAGCAGUUCAACUUUAGUUGCUUUCUUGCAAACGUUAGAGAGGUUUCUGCAACAAAUGGCAUAGUUCACAUCCAAAGGGAACUUCUUUCUCAUCUUUCUGUAAGAAGUAAUUACUUUCAUAAUUUGUUUGAUGGGGUAAAAAUAAUAGCAAACUCUUUGCACAACAAAAAGGUCCUCCUUGUUCUUGAUGAUAUAAGUGAAAGAAGCCAAUUAGAGAACUUAGCCGGAAAACAAGAAUGGUUUGGUCCCGGUAGCAGAAUAAUAAUCACUACUAGAAAUAAGCAUCUGCUAAUGACACAUGGCGUGCAUCAGACAUGCGAGCUUGAAGGCUUAGUUCAGGAAGAAGCCCUUCAUUUAUUCUGUCUGAAAGCUUUUAAACAAGAUCAACCCAAAAGCCAAUAUCAGAAUUUGUGCAGCGAAGUGGUUCAAUACACAAGAGGCCUUCCAUUGGCACUUGAAGUAUUGGGAUCCCAUCUUUGUGGAAGAACUCCUGUGGCUUGGGAUAGUGCUUUAAACCAAUUAAGAAGUUCUCCACACCCUGAAAUCCAAAAUUCAUUGAAAAUAAGUUUUGAAAGUUUGUCUAGCUCAGAGAGAGAAAUGUUUUUGGAUAUUGCCUGUUUCUUCAAAGGCAUUGACAAGGAUGAUGUAGUAGGAGUGUUAGAAAAUUGUGGUUAUUUUCCACAAUUUGGAAUUGAAAUUUUGAUUGACAAAUCUUUGGUCACUCUUAAUAGGGAUAAUAAAUUGGAAAUGCAUGAUUUACUUCAAGAAAUGGGAAAGAAUAUAGUGUUUCAAGAAUCUCCAAAUGAUCCAGGAAAACGUAGUAGAUUGUGGUCUCAUGAUGACAUCAGCCGUGUGUUGACACAAAAUAAGGGAACUGAAGCAAUUCAAGCAAUAGUAUACUAUGGUCAAGCAUAUGAAGCAGGAUGGAGCUCUGAAGCAAUUCAAGCAAAAGUACACUAUACUCGACGACAUGAAGCAAGAUGGAGCACUGAAGCUUUCUCCAAGACCAGCAACAUAAGGUUGCUAAGGAUAUUUAAUGUGUUUCAUCUUUCCCAUGGCCUUGAUUGCCUUCCUUAUGCACUCAGAGUUCUUGACUGGUAUGGAUGCCCUCUGAAAACUCUGCCACUUACUGAUCAACUGGAUGUUGUUGACAUCAAUUUGUAUUCUAGCAAAAUUGAACAACUUUGGCACGGAACAAAGAUUCUACAUAAGUUGAAGUCCAUCAACUUGAGUUUUUCCAAAAACCUAAACCAAACCCCUGACUUUGUGGAGGUUCCGAAUCUCGAAUCGUUAGUUCUUCAAGGUUGUAGAAGCCUAACCGAAAUCCACUCAUCUGUUAUGCACCUCAAGAAACUUGUUCAAUUGAACUUAAAAGGCUGCAAAAGGCUCAAAGCUCUUCCAGGUAAAAUGGAGAUGAGUUCAUUAAAGGUUUUAAAUCUUUCUGGUUGCUCAAACAUGAACACCAUCCCAGACUUUGGGAAUUGCAUGGGACAUCUAGAAGAGCUUCAUUUGGAUGGAACUGCUGUAACAGAGCUACCUUCAUCAUUAGGAUGUCUGGUUGGACUUGUUCUUUUGCAUUUACAGAAUUGCAGGUAUCUUGUUUGCCUUCCGGAUACCAUUCAUAAGUUGAAGUCCCUCAAAGUUCUUAAUGUUUCUAAUUGCUCGAAACUCCGUAGCUUGCCAGAGUGCCUACAGGAAUUGAAUAAUCUGGAAGUACUUGAUGCUAGCAAUACUGCCAUUGAAGAACUACCUUUAUUUGUAUGUUAUCUAGAAAACAUCAAAGUAGUGUCAUUUGCUGGUUGCAAAGAGUCAACAUCCGUGUUAAAUUGCUUUCGAGUUCCAUCUGCUGUUUGCCGUCCAUCCCUUUUGAGAAGGUUAGAUUUAAGUUAUUGCAAUCUACUUGCUGAAUCAAUACCAGAUGGUUUUUGUGGCAUAUCGCUGAGGGAUUUGGAUCUUUCUGGCAACAACUUUGUUAACCUACCAAGCGACAUUUCCAAACACUCUACGCUUGAAUAUCUUUGUCUAAACUCGUGCAAGAAGCUUCAGUCAUUGCCUGGGCUUCCAUUAAGCAUAAAAAGAAUAGAUGCAAUCAACUGUGCCUCAUUGGUAACGUCUAAAUUCCAUCCAUCUAGGCAGCAUUAUUGCAUCACCUGUACAAUGGCACUUACCAAGAGAACGGAAGAGCCUCCUUAAGGGGAUUUGCUUUCCGAGAACACCAUUCGACAUGCUUAUCACAGGCAAUGAAAUUCCAUCAUGGUUUGCACCUCAGAAGUCUUCUUCCUUUGCAGAAAUACCAUUUCCUCAUCCUUGUCCGCCAACUUCCUUUGCAGAAAUACCAUUUCCUCAUCCUUGUCCGCCAACUGAAUGGCUGGGAUUUGCUGUGUGUUUCUUGCUGGUAGCGGAUCGGCCUCUGGUCUAUGGCGAUACAGAGAUCGCUUGUUACAAAAUAAUGAAACAAGAUAAAGAUGAUUGGAGGGCGGAGUCUCCCGUGAUCACCAGGAAUGUUCCUCUUCUGGAGCCAAAACUACCUCACCUUUACAUUCUCUUUCUGUCCAUUGGAGAAUACCCUGAAAGAAUGCAUACAGGUUAUGGGUUUCGUUUGAUGCGUUGCCCUGAUUGCGGUCCAUUGAAAAUAGUGCAGGCUGGGUGUCGUCUGGUGUGCAAGGAAGAUCUUCAAGAUAUUUAUCGAAAUCAUUCCCAUACUUCCUCUGUAGGGCCUAAUAAUGAAUAAAAAACAAACAACAACGAUGGGCCAAGCCCAUAACCUUUCCUUCUUUUCCUUCUACUCCAACGGCACACACAAACACUUCAAUGCAGCAAUACACACACAUCUCUCACCGCCAUCCUCAUGUCACUUCUUUAACAAUAACUAGUGUGAAUCCCGCGCGAUGCGCAGAUUGUGUACAUAAUCUAUUUUAUUGUAUUUAUGUAUAUUUUGUUUAUAAAAAAAAUUAAUACAUAUUUAUGAGGAGUUAAUUUAUUUAGUAUAUAAAUAGAUUGAUUAAUUAAUUUUUUUUAA